UUGAUAAUGCCAAUCUCUUUAGGUUAUGUAACAAUAAUUUAUCACGUUUUAAUUCAUAUUGCUAUUAACACAUAGUAGAUUUAAUUCGACGAAAUUAUUUGACAUUUAUUCAUAAAAUAUGGUUCGUGCAUGGUACAUGGAUGACAGUGAUGCUGACCAAAGAUUAGAACACCGAAAGGAAUCUUCUGAUCUUGUAUCAAUGGCUAACUUGUAUGCAGUAACUGGUGUAGAAUAUUUUAAGGUGGAUCACAAAAAUCACUUAAAUGAUUCUACAUUGAACGAAUUGAAAGAAAAACGUGGAUAUACUUAUGAAGAUGAAAUAACAUGCUCGAAAGAAUGUCUCGCUAAUUACGAAGAGAAGUUGAAGAAUUUCUUUGCUGAACAUCUUCAUACGGAAGAAGAAAUACGUUUAGUUUUGGAUGGAUCAGGUUAUUUCGAUGUAAGAGAUAAAGAUGAUCAAUGGAUUCGUAUUGAAGUUGAAGCAGGAGAUUUGAUUAUUAUUCCCAGUGGUAUAUAUCACAGAUUUACUUUGGAUACUAAAGAUUAUAUACAAGCUAAAAGAUAUUUUAUUGGAAAACCUGUAUGGACACCUUAUAAUAGACCAGCUGAUAAUAUGAAUUGUCGUCAACAAUAUCUUGAACAAUUAAAAAGUGGCUUUAAGUCCAAUUAAAAGAUUCAUACUCUAUUAUGCAAGUUAUACAUGCAUUUCAAGGAAAAGAUUUACUAAUUUUUAUUUUUAUAUGCAUAUAUAUAUAUAUUAUCUAGAAGUAUGAAUCACAUAAUAAACACCUUCAACUAUUAGUGAUUACCGUUAUAUUAUUUCUAUAUUUCAUUUUAUUUUGGAUUAUAUACAUACAUACAUACAUAUCAAAUAUAUACACGAAAUACUGAUUAAACUUUUACAAAAGAUUUCAAAUAAAGGUCCACAUUC